GAAGAAGAUCAGGCUAUUGGCGCUUGCCCAAGUUCGUCAACGAAUACGCGGUGGUCAGUUCAUGAGGGACACGCCGAUCGACAUCAAUGUUUCAUCUGUGUUCAAUGCCUCCGGAAUCGUUGGGAAUCGUUCGGAUUACAAGUACACCAUGAUGCAGAGCAUCCUGCAUACAAUGAAUCCCAUGGACACUUCCGCUCUCACCAUGAUGCACGCAUUGUUGUUCAGUCCUUUUGAAGAGGUGCUGCGAGAAGCACAUCUACGAGUUGAUCGAGACCAUUAUCAAUCCCACCAAGAAUGGCAGGACGCGAUCGAGAGUUUCAUAUUGGAAAUAAAUCGGAAGAUGGUCGAACUGUUCCACCUGGAGUUGGAUUUGAUGCGGGACUAUCGAGUUGAUCUUCUCUCCCUGGUCUUGGCUGAACGUGAGCGCGCGUCAAAGGAGGAAUGUAAGGAGAUGGAGACGGAGAUAGAGGACAGGCAGCAAAUAUCCAUUACCUAUGCCAGAGGAAUGUUGUCGCCGUGCUCGUCGAUGCUUCGAGCUCCCGCCCCCAACAACGCCGAUACUCGGAGCGACGCACAAACUCCGAAGUGGGUCCCAAUUACCCCUGAUGGUUGGCUGACCAGAUGGUAUCGUUCCGCGGCACCGAACGCCUUGGUGUAUGCUGCCACUGAGAUAAAGCCGUUCAUCUCGAGAAGCUGGUUUUUUAUGAUUACUACUCAAAACGUACACAUAGAAGUAACCUCCCCCUAGAGACUGCACUCCUUUGAUAGUAGGAUGUUUCCCUGCAGUUCCCUUUUUCUUUCAACCGUCCCAAUAUGGUGCGCCUGCAAUUCCGCAAGUUUUUCAAGUGCUUUGCCCAGCACGGGGAAGAAUAGCUCCCGCACUGUCAAUGAAUCGCUAGAAAGAGUCGAAAUGCAAAAUGAGUCGACAUAUCGAACAAAAUGUUGAGAGUGUCCGUGAGACCGACCUUCAACUCAGGAAGAGCAUUGA